AUGAUACUUUCUUCCCCGUUUUGCUUUGUUAGGCAGCCAGCAGUUUCUCAGGAGCGAAGAGUUGCCCAAGAAGAAGAGCUGCCUGGCACAUCAGGCUCCUCCGCCCCGAUUGAGAAAGACAUUUUGAAAUACUAUUAUUACAUCCGCCACGGAAUCGAUACAGAACACGUGGCCCCGAUGGAAGACUCCUGGCUGGAACACGUGUUGGCGCUGGUCCCCCAACACUUGAAAGUGCUCAGCGAAAGUAUUUACAUCCUGUCUGAUGAAAUGAGAGAGGACUACCUUCUCAGUGUAAAGAAAGCAAUAGUUGACUUUGUUUUGAGAGAUCCCAGGGAAAAAGAGGAGGGCAAGAAGCCAAUUCUUCUACCUCAUCGUCAAGAAAUGGAAGUUGUGCCAAAACCGUGGAACAAGUCCUUCAUAGCAGCACGCAAUUAUAUCUACGAAAAUUUGCACGCAGUCAAUCCCACCAUGUUGGCGGUUCUGGACCUGUGGCAGACAUCUUUUAAAAAUUUGCGCUUGGUUGAUAAAGAAGCCUUUCACUCUCGUCAAGAAUCGAUGGAGCUCUCGUUCUUCCAGAAUAUAGUCGUCAGGCAUAUGGAAGCUGCCAAAGACAUGCUGUUUAAAAAGUGGUUUCCAGCCGUACAGAAUAUCUACUACCAAGGCAAUAAACGGAAGCAAGUGCCCACCAAUGCCAGCAGCGCCCAAUUAGAAGCGUUCUUUGACUGCGCUGCUGCCUUAAUGACCCAACAACUGCAGAGUUUAGCUUUAGCUUCAAUGCAGGACUUCACUGAUCUCCUCGUCCAGCCUCCGAAGUCCGUUCGGGCCUACGAACACCCGGGGUUUAUAAUGAGGCUUAUCCUUGACAAUGACCGCAUUAAGUUCGAACCGGAGUUUAGUGACUACGAAGCCAUCUUUAUGAACAUUUUUAACGUUAUGAUAAAAGCCGUCCAUCUGUUGCCAAGAGUAGAGACCAAACUUUAUUCAAAGUGGCCCGACAGCAGGAACAAAUCCAUGAACCUGAAGCCCAUCGUACUGCGUGAGGUUUUGGAGAAGCACAAGAAAACCGUCAAGGACGAGAUCAUCAAAGAAAGCCAGGCGCCCAUGGAGCACCUCAAACUCUACGACAAAUACUCUGAUCUGAUCACCAAGCAGGCAGAGCGAGAUGUCGAGCAGUUCCUGUCAGAAGAGCACACCUUUGAAGAAGUGACGGGAGAAGUCGCGAGGUACCAGAACCUGAGGGACGAAAUACAGUUUACUUCUAGAAAGUGUAUACGUCUAGGGAUGUUUGAAAUGCACUGCGACGAACUGGUCCGAUCCCUGUCCAAGCGAGCUGACGCUCUUUGUAACAGAAUCAUCGCCAAAAUGUUCAAAGAUCAUCAGGACCUAAAUCAAAGACUGUGUGAUGAGUUUGAGAGGAUAGCAGAGAAAGCCCUUUCCACACCGUCCAACACGCACGAGCUGAUGGAGUUUAAGGCUUACAUACAAAAAGUGGAAGCCGUAGAAAUGGUGGAGAUGGAGGAGAAGUUAAUAGAUGCUAAGAACUAUCUUGCCUUCCUGAUAGAGUGUGCCAACUUCUCCCCAGUCGACAUUCGACUCAACAACAGUGUCUUUCAAUGGUACGGACGAAUGGGGGAGAUUUUUGAGGAGCACAGAAAGAUAGUUAAAGACAAGACGGAACAAUUCCAAGAAGGACUUAAAAUGCGCUGUGAAAGAUUUGUUGAGGAGCUGGAAGGUUAUGCCAAGCAAGCGGAAGAAUUCUCUUCUUAUGGGGACCUUCAGGAAGUCAACAGAUACCUGAAAAAAGCCCAGGCUCUGAAUACCAAGUUAGACCUAGCUGCUGAUAAGAUUGAUCAAUUUAAUGCAGAAGAGGAGGCGUACGGAUGGCCAACCACUCAGUAUCCCCAGCGUAAAAAAAUCCAAGAUGCCCUGAACCCAUACCUUCGACUUUAUGACAUGACUGUAGAGUUUAACACCAAAUACAGGAACUGGAUGGAUGGCAUAUUCACCAAGGUGAACCCAGACCAAGUUGAGUUGGACGUGGGGAACUACUGGCGGGCACUCUACAAAUUAGAAAAAACCUUCCAUGAUUCCCCAAACGCCCUGUUUAUAACGACAAGGAUUAAGGCCAAAGUAGAAGAGUUUAAGGAGCACAUCCCGCUGAUUCAAGUGAUUUGCAACCCCGGACUGCAGGAUCGGCACUGGGAGGCCAUGUCAGAAAUAGUGGGUUACUCGCUGAAGCCGUCCGAAGAUUCGACUGUCUCGAACUAUAUCGAAAUGCACCUCGAACCGUACCUGGAAAAAUUCGAGAGCAUCAGUGAAACCGCCAGCAAAGAACAUUCGCUGGAGAAGGCCAUGGUGAAAAUGAUUUCAGAAUGGGACGGCAUGGAAUUCAUUCUCCUUUCCUACCGAGAAACCGGGACUUACAUUUUGUCAGCUGUGGAUGACAUUCAGAUGUUGCUGGAUGACCAUAUUGUCAAAACUCAGACUAUGAGAGGGUCUCCUUUCAUCAAACCUUAUGAGAAAAAGAUGAGAGACUGGGAAGGAAAGCUUUUGUUGGUGCAGGAGAUCUUGGACGAGUGGCUCAAGGUUCAGGCUACCUGGCUGUAUUUAGAGCCCAUUUUCAGUUCUCCUGACAUUAUGUCUCAGAUGCCUGAAGAAGGCAGGCGAUUCACCACUGUGGACAAAACCUGGAAGGAUCUCAUGAAAUGUGCCAUUCAGGACCGUCACGUUCUUACAGUAGUGAUGAUAGACAAGAUGCUGGAGAAGCUGAAAAAAUGCAAUGAGUUAUUGGAGCUGAUUCUUAAAGGACUGAAUGAGUACUUGGAAAAAAAGCGCCUCUACUUCCCCAGGUUCUUCUUCUUAUCCAAUGACGAACUCCUGGAGAUUCUCUCAGAGACCAAGGAUCCUACACGAGUAAAGCCUCACUUGAAAAAGUGCUUUGAAGGAAUUGCUAGCGUUGAGUUCACUGAAGUCUUGGACAUCACACACAUAAAGAGCAGCGAAGGAGAAGUCGUGGAACUCAUAACCACAAUAUCAACCUCUAAAGCUAGAGGUCAGGUGGAAAAAUGGCUAGUUGAAUUGGAAUCGGCUAUGGUCAGUUCCAUCCGCAAGGUGAUUGGCCAAGCAAUAGAUGCCUAUCCGAGAAGCGAGCGUAUCAACUGGGUUCGGGAAUGGCCUGGGCAAACCGUCCUUUGUGUCUCCCAGGCUUUCUGGACCUUGGAAGUGCAAACAGCUAUUCAAAAUGGCCAGGAGGCGCUUGAGAAUUACCUGGACCAGUGCAAUGACCAGAUCGAUGGCAUUGUCACCUUAGUGCGAGGAAAACUGUCCAAGCAGAACCGAGUGACUCUCGGGGCACUUGUCGUCCUGGACGUCCACGCUAGGGACGUUCUCGCAUCCCUCGUCGGCAAGUGCGUCAGCGACGAAAACGACUUUGAAUGGUUAAGCCAGCUGAGGUACUACUGGCAGGAACAACAUCUGGAGACAAAAAUGAUCAACGCUGGUUUAAGAUACGGAUACGAGUAUCUCGGCAAUACCCCCCGGCUGGUCAUUACGCCACUUACCGAUCGGUGCUACAGAACUCUGUUUGGUGCCCUCCACCUUCAUCUUGGGGGUGCCCCAGAAGGCCCUGCGGGAACUGGGAAAACUGAAACGACAAAGGACUUGGCGAAAGCAGUUGCCAAACAGUGUGUGGUGUUCAAUUGUUCAGAUGGCCUGGAUUACCUGGCUCUAGGGAAAUUCUUUAAGGGCCUGCUUUCCUGUGGAGCCUGGGCCUGCUUUGAUGAAUUUAACAGAAUCGACCUGGAAGUACUUUCUGUUGUCGCACAGCAGAUUCUCACUAUUCAGAGAGGUAUCAAUACGGGGUCUGACAUCCUGGUAUUUGAAGGGACUGAGCUGAAACUUAACCCGACUUGUGCCGUCUUCAUCACCAUGAACCCCGGCUAUGCGGGGCGCUCAGAACUCCCAGACAAUCUGAAGGCCCUGUUUCGGACCGUGGCUAUGAUGGUCCCCGAUUAUGCCAUGAUUGCGGAGAUCGUCCUGUACUCCUGUGGGUUCGUUACCGCUCGACCUCUGUCCGUAAAAAUUGUAGCUACCUACCGCCUGUGUUCAGAACAGUUGUCUUCCCAGCACCAUUACGAUUACGGAAUGAGGGCCGUGAAGUCCGUGCUCACUGCAGCGGGUAACCUGAAGCUGAAAUAUCCCUCAGAAAAUGAAGAAAUUUUGCUGCUCAGAUCCAUUAUAGAUGUCAACUUGCCUAAGUUCUUAUCCCAUGAUCUACCACUUUUUGAGGGCAUCACCUCUGAUUUAUUUCCUGGCGUGAAGCUGCCGAAACCGGAUUACAAUGACAUUCUGGAAUCCAUCAAGAUAUUCUGCAAGUCCAUGAAUUUGCAGAUGACCGAUUUCUUCGCCGAGAAGAUCUUGCAGAUAUACGAAAUGAUGAUCGUGCGGCACGGCUUUAUGAUUGUGGGAGAACCUUUUGGUGGGAAAACGUCCGCGUAUCGAGUGUUGGCGGCUGCCUUGGGUGACUUGUGUGAAAAAGGACUAAUGGAGGAAAACAAAGUUAAGAUUACUGUUAUCAACCCGAAGGCCGUCACCAUGGGCCAGCUAUAUGGGCAGUUUGAUCCUGUCUCCCACGAGUGGUCCGAUGGUGUCCUAGCAGUCAGCUUCAGAGCAUUUGCUUCUUCACCUACCCCUGACAGGAAGUGGCUGAUCUUCGACGGGCCGGUGGACGCGGUGUGGAUCGAGAACAUGAACACCGUGCUGGACGACAACAAGAAGCUGUGCUUGAUGAGCGGGGAGAUCAUCCAGAUGUCCCAGCAGAUGAGCCUCAUUUUUGAGCCAAUGGACUUAGAAGUUGCUUCCCCUGCAACUGUUUCCAGGUGCGGCAUGGUCUACAUGGAACCCCAGAUGUUGGGCUGGAGGCCCCUAAUGUUAUCUUGGUUAAAUCAGAUGCCGCCCACCCUGACGGAUCUGCACAAGGACUUUAUAACUAACUUGUUUGACAGAAUGGUUACACUUUCUGUCGAAUUCAUUAGAAAAUGUACAAAGGAACUAUCUCCUACUUCAGACACGAAUUUGGUGCGAUCCUUAAUGAAGCUGAUGGACUGCAUGAUGGACGAGUUCUCUAAUGAGGCCAAAAUUAAAACCAUGAGUGAUCGUGACAUUUUUUCUUGGCUCGAGGGCAUCUUUAUAUUUUCACUCAUCUGGUCUAUCGGUGCCAGCUGUAAGGAGGACGAUCGGCUGAAAUUCGAUCUGAUUGUGCGAGAACUGCUCAUCGGGCCGAUGAGCGAUGAGACAAGAGAGAAAUAUAAAUUGUUGAGCUGUACGGAGCAGCUCUCUGCCAAAAUCCUCACUGUCCCCUUUCCAGAAGAUGGAACAAUUUACGAAUACCGGUUUGUCAAAGAGGGAGAAGGGAGGUGGGAGCCCUGGGUGGAAGCCCUUAAGUCGGCCCCGCCUAUAAUGAAGGACAUGUUGUUCAACGAGAUCAUCGUCCCCACUCUGGACACCAUUCGAUACUUUGCCCUAAUGGAGCUGUUGACGACGCAUCAGAAGCCCGCUAUAUUCGUGGGGCCGACGGGAACUGGCAAGAGUGUCUAUAUCAUAGAUUUCCUUCUAAACCGCUUAAAUAAGGACAUCUACAAACCCCUCCUCAUUAACUUCUCGGCGCAGACGACGGCUGCCCAGACUCAAAACAUCAUCAUGUCCAAGCUGGACAAAAGGCGGAAAAAAGUCUUCGGGCCCCCUCUCGGGAAGAAAAUGGUUGUGUUUGUCGAUGACGUCAACAUGCCGGCCCGAGAGGUGUAUGGCGCCCAGCCCCCAGUGGAGUUGCUUCGGCAGUGGUUAGAUCACUGGAACUGGUAUGACCUGAAGGACUGCUCUAUGAUUAAACUGGUGGACACACAAAUCAUAUGCGCCAUGGGGCCACCAGGUGGAGGCCGAAACCCAAUCACCCCUCGAUUUGUGCGGCACUUCAAUACUGUGACCAUUAACGAAUUUGACGACGCUUCGAUGUUUACAAUUUUCUCCAGAAUAUUAGACUGGCAUCUCACUAUAUGCUACACCUUCCCUCCAGAAUGCGUUGAACUGACUGAGCAGAUUGUCAGUAGCACUAUGAUGGUAUAUAAAGAGGCUAUGGUGAACUUGCUUCCGACGCCGACAAAGUCGCACUACUUGUUCAACUUGCGUGAUUUCUCUCGGGUGAUUCAAGGCGUUUGUCUCUCAAGACCUGAGACGACAGAAUCUACAGGAGUCAUAAAACGUCUUUGGGUUCAUGAGGUCCUGAGAGUAUAUUAUGAUCGUUUAGUAGACAAAGCGGAUCGAUCCUGGCUUGUCGGAUGCAUUCAGCAAGUAGUGGAAGAACACAUGAAGGAAGUCUUUGGCGAGCUUUUCGAGAGGCUGGAUUUCAAUUAUGAUGGGAUAGUGGAAGAAGAUGAUUUGCGAAGUCUGAUGUUCUGUGAUUUUCAUGACCCUAAAAGGGAGGAUACAAACUACAGAGAGGUCUUUGACGUGGAUGAGUUGAGAACUGUCGUAGAGGGCCUUCUGGAAGAAUACAAUAACAUGAGCAAAAAGCCCAUGCAGCUGGUUUUAUUCCGCUUUGCCAUAGAACAUGUCUGCCGAAUUUCCCGUAUUUUGAAACAGCCCCGUAGCCACGCCCUUCUGGUGGGCGUUGGAGGAAGUGGGAGGCAGUCCCUCACCCGUUUAGCUGCUCAUAUGGCCGAUUAUACACCUUUUCAGGUCGAAAUAUCAAAGAGCUAUGGAAGCUAUGAGUGGCACGAAGACCUAAAAUUCAUCUUACGGAGGUCUACCGAAGGCGAGAUGCAAGGAGUUUUCUUAUUCACCGACACCCAGAUCAAAAGGGAGUCGUUUCUAGAGGACAUAAACAACUUGCUGAAUGCAGGAGAAGUGCCAAACCUCUUUGCGAUAGACGAGAAGCAAGAAAUAUGUGAAAAGAUGCGUCAAAUAGACCGCCAGCGGGACAAGACGAAACAAACAGAUGGUAGUCCCAUUGCCCUGUUCAACAUGUUCAUCGAUCGCUGUCGAGACCAACUGCAUAUUGUGUUGGCCAUGAGUCCUAUUGGAGACGCGUUCCGUAAUCGCCUUCGAAAAUUCCCAUCUCUUGUUAACUGUUGUACUAUUGAUUGGUUUCAGUCAUGGCCAAAAGAUGCGCUGCAAGCGGUUGCCACUCGCUCCCUGGAGGACAUUGAGAUGUCUGAGGAAACCCGGAAUGGCUGCAUCGACAUGUGCAAAAAAUUCCACAUGACGACCAUUACUUUGUCUGAAACUUUCUACGCUGAACUCCAGAGGCAUAACUAUGUGACGCCUACAUCCUACCUCGAAUUGAUCUCCACUUUCAAAUCCCUUCUGGAAAAUAAGAGAACUCAGGUGAUGAAAAUGAAGAAAAGGUAUGAAGUUGGCCUGGAGAAGCUGGAGUCGGCAGCCUCCCAGGUGGCCACUAUGCAGUCUGAACUAGAAGCUCUGCAGCCACAGCUCAGGUUAGCCAGCAAACAGGUGGAUGAGAUGAUGGUGGUCAUCGAGAAGGAAUCCUUAGAAGUGGCCAAAACGGAAAAAAUAGUGAAAGCGGACGAAGCAGUAGCCAACGAGCAAGCCAUGGCCGCCAAGGCCAUCAAAGAUGAAUGCGAUGCUGACCUGGCCGAAGCCUUGCCGAUUCUAGAAAGUGCUUUGGCUGCCCUGGAUACAUUGACCCCUCAGGAUAUCACCGUGGUGAAGUCCAUGAAGAGCCCCCCUGCUGGAGUGAAGCUUGUGAUGGAAGCCAUCUGCAUCUUGAAAGGCAUCAAGGCCGAUAAAAUGCCAGAUCCGACAGGCACCGGGAAAAAGCUAGAAGACUUCUGGGGCCCAGCUAAGAAACUUCUGGGGGACAUGAGAUUUCUGCAGUCCCUUCACGAGUACGACAAAGACAACAUUCCUCCGGCCUACAUGAGCAUCAUUAGAAAACAGUAUAUCACCAAUCCCGAGUUUGUCCCCGAGAAGGUCCGAAAUGCUUCCACUGCUGCCGAGGGUCUCUGCAAAUGGGUCAUCGCCAUGGAUUCUUACGACAAAGUGGCCAAAAUAGUUGCCCCUAAAAAGAUAAAGCUCAAUGCGGCCGAAGGGGAGCUGAAAAUAGCGAUGGACGGUUUGAGAAAGAAACAAGCUGCCCUGAAGGAGGUCCAGGACAAGCUGGCUAAACUUGAGAAGGCCCUGGAAUCAAAGAAGCAAGAGAAAGCUGACCUGGAGAACCAGGUUGACUUGUGCAGCAAAAAACUGGACCGAGCAGAGAAAUUACUCGGCGGCCUUGGAGGCGAGAAAACCCGCUGGAGCCAGACUGCUUUGGCGCUGGGGAAACAGUACGUCAAUCUGACAGGCGAUAUCCUCAUCUCAUCAGGCAUUGUGGCUUACUUGGGAGCCUUCACGUCCAGCUACAGACAAAAUCAAGCACACGACUGGGUCUUGACGUGCAAAGCCAUGGGCAUCCCUUGCUCCGAUGACUUCUCUCUAACAGGCACCUUAGGGGAACCCGUGAAAAUCAGAGCUUGGAACAUCGCCGGCUUGCCUUCCGACUCCUUUUCCGUUGACAACGGCAUCAUUAUCUCGAACGCGAGACGGUGGCCUCUCAUGAUAGAUCCUCAGGGGCAAGCCAACAAGUGGGUGAAGAAUAUGGAGAAGGCCAACAGCCUCCACGUCAUUAAGCUCAGCAAUACGGAAUACGUGAGGACCCUGGAAAACUGCGUGCAGUUCGGCACACCCGUGCUGCUGGAAAACGUGGGCGAGGAGCUGGAUCCGAUUCUGGAGCCGCUGCUGCUGAAACAGACAUUCAAGCAGGCCGGGAGCAUCUGCAUCCGCCUGGGGGACUCCACCAUCGAAUAUGCUCCCGACUUCCGCUUCUAUAUCACGACCAAGCUCAGGAACCCCCACUACCUCCCGGAAACAUCCGUAAAAGUAACCUUAUUGAACUUCAUGAUAACACCAGAAGGAAUGCAAGAUCAGCUUCUGGGGAUCGUUGUAGCCAGAGAGAGGCCAGACCUCGAAGAGGAGAAACAAGCUCUGAUCUUGCAAGGAGCUGAGAAUAAAAGGCAGCUCAAAGAAAUAGAGGACAAAAUUCUAGAAGUCCUUUCAUCCUCUGAAGGGAAUAUUUUAGAGGACGAAACCGCCAUCAAGGUCCUGUCUUCCUCCAAGGCUUUGGCUAACGAGAUUUCGGAGAAGCAAGCCGUGGCGGAAGAAACGGAAAAGAAAAUCGAUGCGACCCGAAUGGAAUAUCGUCCGAUUGCCAUCCAUUCAUCAAUUUUGUUUUUUUCCAUUGCCGAUCUAGCCAAUAUCGAGCCCAUGUACCAGUAUUCCCUCACAUGGUUUAUCAACCUUUUUGUCAUGUCCAUCGAUAAUUCUGAGAAAUCUGAUAUUUUGCAAGCAAGGCUGAAGAUACUCAAGGAUCACUUUACUUACUCCCUCUACGUAAACAUCUGCCGCUCCCUCUUUGAAAAAGACAAGCUGCUCUUCUCCUUCUGCCUCAACGUGAACCUCUUGAAGCACGAAAAGAAGAUCGAAGAAACAGAGUGGAAAUUCCUGCUAACGGGGGGGAUCGGCCUGGACAACCCCUAUUCCAACCCCUGUCCCUGGCUGCCCCAGAAAUCUUGGGAUGAAAUCUGCCGCCUGGAUGAUCUGCCGACCUUUAGAACCAUCCGAAAGGAAUUCAUGCGCUUGAAGGAAGGAUGGAAGCUGGUCUACGACAGCCUCGAGCCACAACACGAGGUCUUUCCCGAGGUCUGGCAGGAGAAAGUGGACGACUUCCAGAGGAUGCUGGUCAUUCGCUGCCUCAGGCCAGACAAGGUCAUCCCGAUGGUGCAGGAGUUCAUCAUUGGGAACUUGGGACGGAUGUUUAUCGAGCCUCCUCCUUUCGAUUUGUCCAAAGCCUUCGGCGACAGUCACUGCUGCGCACCCCUGAUUUUUGUGCUGUCUCCUGGGGCGGAUCCCAUGGCGGCUCUUCUCAAGUUCGCUGAUGAUCAGGGCUUUGGUGCCUCCAAGAUGAGCUCCUUGUCCCUGGGGCAAGGCCAGGGCCCCAUCGCCAUGCGCAUGAUUGAGAAGUCAGUGAAGGAAGGCAGCUGGGUGGUCCUGCAAAACUGCCAUCUGGCCACGUCCUGGAUGCCCACGCUGGAAAAAGUCUGCGAGGAACUCAACCCGGAAGCGACUCAUCCCGAUUUCCGCUUGUGGCUCACCAGCUACCCGUCCCCCAAUUUCCCUGUCUCCGUGCUCCAGAAUGGGGUGAAAAUGACCAACGAGGCACCAAAAGGCUUGCGGGCUAACGUGAUCCGUUCCUAUCUGAUGGAUCCCAUCUCUGACUCGGAGUUCUUCAACAGCUGCAAGUGUCCCGCUGAAUUCAAGAAGCUGCUGUACGGCCUCUGUUUCUUCCACGCUUUGGUCCAAGAGAGGCGGAAAUUUGGCCCCCUGGGCUGGAAUAUCCCUUACGAGUUCAACGAGACCGACCUGCGGAUCAGCGUGCAGCAGCUGCAUAUGUUCCUGAAUCAGUACGAGGAGCUGCCGUUCGACGCCAUCCGCUACAUGACCGGCGAAUGCAAUUACGGAGGCAGGGUCACCGACGACUGGGACCGGCGCACCCUCCGCAGCAUCUUGAACAAGUUCUACAAUCCCAUCAUCGUCACGGAUCCCGACUACAAGUUCGAUUCCAGCGGCCUUUAUUUUGCUCCCCCUGAAGGAGAAUACCAAAGCUACAUUGACUACACAAAGACUCUUCCUCUCAACCCUUCCCCAGAAAUCUUUGGGAUGAAUGCCAAUGCUGAUAUCACCAAAGAUCAAGCUGAGACCCAGCUGUUGUUUGAUAAUAUCCUUCUGACGCAGUCUCGCGCGUCGGGUGCGGGCGCAAAAUCAUCCGAUGAGAUAGUCCGCGAGGUGGCCAGCGACGUCCAAAGCAAACUCCCGGCUGACUUUCACAUCGAAGCCGCUAUGCGGAGAUACCCAACCACCUACGCCCAGAGCAUGAACACGGUUCUCGUCCAAGAGAUGGGGCGAUUCAACAAACUGCUGCAAACGAUCCGAGACUCUUGCAUCAACAUUCAGAAAGCAAUCAAGGGCCUGGUGGUGAUGUCCGCGGAACUGGAGGAGGUGGUGAGCAGCAUCCUGAAAGGCAAGAUCCCAGGCAUGUGGAUGAACAAGUCCUACCCGAGCCUGAAACCCCUCGGAAGCUACGUGAACGAUUUCCUCACCAGGCUGAAGUUCUUACAGACCUGGUAUGAGAACGGAACCCCUCCGACGUUUUGGCUGUCUGGAUUCUUCUUUACCCAGGCCUUCCUAACGGGAGCCCAGCAGAAUUACGCCCGCAAGUACACCAUCCCCAUUGACUUGCUAGGCUUCGACUAUGAAGUCCUGGAGGACAAGGAAUACAAAAACGCUCCCGAAGAUGGCGUCUACAUUCACGGAUUGUUCCUGGAUGGCGCUCGCUGGAACAGGAAAACGAAGAAACUUGGAGAAUCCCAUCCCAAAAUCCUGUAUGAUAACAUGCCAGUGAUGUGGCUGAAGCCCUGCAAGAGGUCAGAGAUCCCUGACAGACCGAGCUACUUGGCCCCCGUGUACAAGACCAGUGAGAGGCGAGGCACCCUCUCCACUACCGGCCAUUCCACCAAUUUUGUGAUCGGCAUGAUCCUCGCAUCGGACCAGCCCCAGCAGCACUGGAUAGGGAGAGGGGUGGCUCUUCUGUGCCAAUUGAACUCAUAACCCAAAGCUCAAAAUAUCCGCAGAGACGGAACUCGAGAGAG